AUGCGGGAUUUGUCGAAUCGACGAGUUGACAGCGAUUUCGCGUACAGUUGGGCGGCACGGGAACGAGUAAAAUUGUUCGAAGUGUCAGCCAAAGACCGGAACAGUUUGGUGGAUUUUGUGCAAUACCUUGGACAACGGCAUUUUCAUCCCAUAAAAGAGUCAAAGUUCUCUUUGUCAAAGAAGUUGAAGUCCGAGAAAUCUAAUGCUGCCAUACUGAUGGAUUUUUAA